AUGGAGAAAGUUUCGUUGGAGGAAUUACAACAGAAGGGAAAGGCUUUAGCAUCCAAAUUAUUCGUGUAUGCGAAAGACACAACAACAAAGGCAAGCAAGGGCAUUGCGGCAGUGAAAAAUGCAGUGGUUGAGAAUACGCUUAUUGGAGAGUUGGACCGUGAGCAAGAAGCAUUUGCUGCGGAACUAGCUGCCAGUCGUCUACCAGAUGUUGUUGAACCUUGGGACGGUUUACCUGACCGUGAUUUUGCAAAGAAAAAAAUCUUGGCACUCUCUCUGGAUCACCACAACUUUAUUCGUGAAUCGCCUGGAGAAUGCGAGUUUGAUGAAGCCACAAUGCAAGCUAUGGCAAAGAGACUUGUAGAAGUCGAUCCCAAUCUAAGCCGUGUUCGCUUCGAACUUGUUCCUAAACAAUUGAAUGAAGAAAAGUUCUGGCAUAACUACUUUUAUCGAGUCUCUCUUAUAAGACAGUCGUUAAUGACAAAUGCAUCGGAUGUACAGACACCUGUUCGGAAAGCAUCUCCUGCACCGAUAGAGACGCCUUCUUCAAGCGAGGUAGAUAAGGCAUCAACAAAUGUAAGUAAUCCUGAACCUGUCAUUGAGGACACUGCUCACGGUGAUGAUAAAACGCCAAGUGAUGAAACGAAUCCGCAACCAGAGGAUGAUUGGGAGCGCGAGAUUCUGUCCGAUCUGAACGAAUAUGAAUUGGUUGCCUCCAGAAACGAGAAAUCCGAAGAACAAUGGGAAGCGGAAAUCCAGGAUUUGCUAAACUCU